UCCUGCAAUUGAAGUUUUCUCUUCUCUGGCUAUCUGCUAUCAUGGAUACUUCAAUCCACGCAGUAUCAAACACCCAAUACACCCAACAAUUCCUAAGCAACGUCCUCUCCCAACGUGGUGCCUCAGCCCUCCCUUACACAGAAGACGUAAAAUGGGUGAUCUGCCAACACCUCAUAGACCUCAUUGACACCUUCCCACCUCUCCAACCCAAGACAGGUACCUUCACCUACAACGACGGCCGCACAGUCAACCUCCUCCAAGCUGAAGGCACAAUCCCCAUGGUCUACCAAGACAUCAUGUAUUACAUCCCUGUUGUCUUCUGGCUCAUCGAAUCCUACCCUCGUGACCCUCCCUGCAUUUAUGUCACUCCAACUGGUGACAUGAUCAUCAAACGCCCACACUCACAUGUUGACCCUUCUGGUUUGGUCUCACACUCUUAUCUCCACAACUGGAUUUAUCCCAGCUCGAAUCUCGUUGAUUUGGUUUGUAAUCUCAGUCAUCUCUUCGGCAACGACCCACCAGUCUAUUCUUGUCCCCAAGCCCAGAGACCCAGUCCUCCCCCAAUCCCUAGUCCCAAUUCUUUUUCUUCAUCAAUGUCGUCCCCUUUUCAUCCACCAUAUGAAAUUUAUCGGAGGAAUUUAAUUGAUCAGCUUAUGGAGAAGUUACAUGUUGAUGCCAAGGGGUUGAGGAAGAACAGAGAGACUGGGAUGGAAGGGUUGUUUAAUUUGCAAGUGGUUUUAAGGCACAGAGAUGAGUUGCGGUCGAAGGAAUUGAGGAAAUUGCAGGAAGAGAAGGAGGGUUUAGAGCAGGAAUUGCAGAUGAUUAUGAUAGACACGGAUUUGUUGGAGUCAUGGUUGAGGGAGAAUGGGACAAGGGUAGGGAAGACUAAGAGUGGUGAGGUUGAGGAGGUUUUUGAGCCUUGUGAUGGGCUUUCAAGGCAGUUGCUUGAGUGUACAGCAGCGGAUUUGGCUAUUGAGGAUGUGGUUUAUUCAUUGGAUAAAGCAGUUCAGGAAGGGUCUGUACCCUUUGAUCAGUAUAUGAGGAUUAUAAGGUCGAUCUCGCGUGAGCAGUUCUUUUAUCGUGCCACGGCUACGAAGGUCAGGGAGGUGCAGAUGCAGUCUCAGGUUGCUAGCAUGGCAGCUCGGACAUCACAAUAUAUGUGAGAUCGAGUUUGUUGUGUAAAUGCAUUAAUAGUAUUUGAUUCAAAGGCUGCUUCAGAGUGGGGGGCUUGUAGAGAAAUGUUCAUAUCUGAGUGGAUGGAUUGCCUGCAACAAAAUACAUGAAG